GAUAAACGCCUGUAUGAUGAACGUCAGAUAUGAAUUCCUGUAUUGUGUACUUAAUCAUGUUGUAUUUCAUCGCUUUGUGUCAAUCGAAAUCAAUCGACAUUCCGAAUUCAAAGGAAGUCAAAAAGAUGGCCAAGAAAGCAUUUGAAGUGUAUAAAGAAAUUGAUGAGUUAAAAGAUGAAGAAGAGAAUAAGCUUCUUGAAGCAUUCGAAAAAUCACCCAUCAAUCACUGGAUUGAAUCGGAACCAGAAGUUAAUCCGAAUGGGAGCGACAAAGAUGAGGUGAAUAAUACAGAUGCCAACGGUACUCUGCUUAAAAUUGGAUGGAAAGUAACAAAAAUGCUAGUGAAAAAAGCCAUCGACGCGAUUGACUAAAUCAACGUCUCUUGCAAAGAUUUUAUUUAGAGAUUAACAAGCAUUUACAUUUUAAAAUGAAAAAACAAAUUAAGAAAAAAAAAC